AUGAGGCACAACAUUUCAAUCUUGAUCAAUCUCUUGAUCAUACAAGGUCUAGCAGUUCUAGUUGUCUCACAAGGUUUUGAUUUCUUCUACUUUGUUCAACAGUGGCCAGGAUCAUACUGUGACUCGAAACAAAGUUGUUGUUACCCAAAAUCUGGCAAGCCUGCAUCAGAUUUCAGUAUUCAUGGGCUUUGGCCCAAUUACCAAGAUGGGUCGUACCCAUCCAACUGCGAUCCCGACAGCCCUUUCGAUCAAUCCAAGAUUUCAGACCUCGCCGGCAGAAUGCAGGAGGACUGGCCUUCUUUGGCCUGUCCGAGUAGCGACGGCUUAAUCUUCUGGAGUCAUGAAUGGGACAAACAUGGAACUUGCUCUGAAUUUGUCCUCGACCAACACGAUUACUUCGCAACAGCUCUCAACCUAAAGAAGCAAGUAGACUUCCUCCAAAUCCUUACAAAUGCAGGAAUCAAUCCAAAUGGAGAAUUUUACAGCUUGGAGAGCAUAAAAGAUGCCAUUAAAGGUGCAACUGGCUAUAGUCCCUGGAUAGAGUGCAAUAUUGAUGAAUCAAGCAACAGCCAACUUUAUCAGAUUUACAUGUGUGUGGAUAAUUCUGGGACCAACAUUACUGAGUGUGAUGUGUUACCCCAUGGCAAAUGUGCUUCCGAAAUCAAAUUCCCUUCAUUCUAG